CAUCACUAGCCCAAAAGUCUUCUCCCAGCUCUCAUAUUUCUCUGCACCGGCCAACCUGCUCCACAUGCCCCUGAUCUUUUCCCCGGAGCCCAAAAUCAACUUGGUCUUCUCCUUGCUCCUCUCCUCUUCCUUCACCUUCAAGGAUUCCCCCCAGCACCAUACACACACCAUGCAUACAUAUACACAGUAGCGGCAACACAUCUGCUCUCCUCUUCCUAACCCCUGCACACACGGGCAUAGAAGCACACCACAUCGCAGCAGCAUCAGCUCCAUCCAGCCUUCCCCGCCGUGUCCUUCAUCGCCUAGCAGUCCUACACCACUUGGCCGUGUCAGGCCGGUGCGCCGCGCCACUGUGUCAUCGUCCCAUGACGUUGUGCUGUGCUCUGCUCCUCCUCGCUCAUGUGCCCGUCGCCGUCCAUGCGCGGAGCGCUGAGUUCGAGGAUUUCUACCUAUACGAGGACGUCGGUUCGUUGUUGCGACGUUCGAUCGCACAAAAGGUAUUAUCCAUGUUUCAUUUCUAAGAUCAUCAUCAAAGCAUAAGUCUUUAUAUAAUUGGGAAUCACAUAGCACUGUCAUUCUGAGAGUCUUCAAUCAUUUGGCAUGGUCCCUCGUAUGGCUAUAUAAAGUUUCCUCUUUUUCUUUUUUUUUACGUGUAAUGAGUUGGACAUUAACAGCCAUCAGAUUUUAUUUAUUUUUUAUUUUUUAGAUGGCACAACCACGUUCCCAACUUGGUAGGCUACCCCUUUCCUGCGUGGCUCAAACUCAAAUAUAUGAACCAACAACUAGUGAAACGGCUAAUCCUGUUAUAAAAGAACAGUAGAUGACGAAAGGCGAGAUGGAUACUAGCGAGCGUGUGUGGAGAUCGGCCUCUAGUUUUUUUAGCUCGUUGUUUCCACCCGUUUGCACCCAUACGUCAAUUGACAAAGCUCUCACAUUGGGCAAUAGAAUAGUAUCAGAAGGUCUUGGUUGGGAGGACUACGACAUUGAGUAUAUCUCGCUCCCUACAGGAUAUAUUGAAUGGGGAACUGCGGUUUUAGAGAAACAUUCUUUUAACUUGAGAGGGGAUGGCAAAGGCACUGAUUAUAUUUAUGGAGCCAUUUAUUGCUCCUUAGGUAAAUACAGUGUUUCACCCUCCUUGCUGAAAUCUUUAUUGGAGAGAUGGAAUCCACAAACGAACACCUUCUUAUUUCGAUAUGGUGAGCGCACUAUAACCCUUUUGGACAUGCAUUGGGUGGGUUUAUCACUGGAUGGAGAAUUUUAUGAGGAGUUUAUCCCGCCUCAAGAUGAACUGGAAUCCUCUCUUUUGCUGUACACGAAGUGCUUAUCACAUCUCUUAACAAUAUGGGCAGACCUAGCAGCGGGUAGCAACAAGGUGUCAUUCCAACAGUGGUGUGACUAUUUCCAUAACGGUCUUGGUGGUCCUUUUCAUCCAAACAAUAGCGAAUCCUCACGACUCUAUACCGCUGCCUUUUUGGCACUCUGGCUUUGCGGUUUUGUGGUCAUCGGGGGAGGAUCAUGUAUUAGACCUGACACAUUGGUGAUGGCUUCAUGGAUGGCAUUAGGACGUUGGUUCGCCUUAGCUCAGUCGGCCCUAUGCUCUUUGUAUUAUUCUUUAAGACUGAUGAGUACCCAUCCAGCUGGUCCUUCUUAUAUGAAAAGAGCUUGGCAUGUUCAAUAUGUCAUUGGCUGGAUGGGUGCUUAUCUGAAAGGCAUAUUUGGCCAAAAAAUGAAGAAACCCCAUAUUCCCGUUUUCAAGCAUUGUGCACGAAAACCAACUAUGGUGAACACCAUGUUCAGACCUGCAAACCACUAUAGUCCCAAAGAAUCAUUUGAAUUUUUAUGGAGAGAUGUCAAUGCUACAUGGUACCCCUACAAUUUGACAAAGCCACAUAAUGCGAAUCGGCCUAUACUAUCUUCAUUUGGGGUUGGCAGGAUAUUUUAUCUAUCUAUUCGUCACGGUAUGCUCCCGUGGAGGCGCUGUGAACUUUAUAUUGCUGAACCAUAUCAUCCGGAUCGUGUAGCCCGACAGUUUAGAUUGGAUCAGAUCAUACCGUACCCCCGUUAGCGAGUUUGUACACUGAGGAAGACUAUGGAAUUGCAUAUGCUCAUUGGACACAUCUCUUGCGCCCCGUGCAAGAGGAUCAAAAUAUUAUCCAAGAUGAAUCUCAUCGUGGCAGUU